UGGAAAUGAAAAAUGAGAAACAACCAGAAAAAUCAUCAUCAUCAUAUAAUAAUAAUAAUAAUGAUGAUGACAAUAUAAAACGGAAAGAUUCGUCACAGGAAGAGAUUGUACAGAAAUUAAUGAAUCAAGUUCAAUCUUAUAUAAAUGAAUGUUUUGAAAUGGAAGAGAUGCCAGAAAAAAAUACUAAUAAUAACGAUUCAUCCACAUCAUCAUCAUCAUCGAAACCAGUGAUUAAUCAAGAUUUAUCAUCAGUUGCCAUUUUGCCAAUUGAAGUGAAUAAUCAACAACAGAUAGUUGAAACAAAACCACAAUUUAAUGUGACACCAGUCAAUAACAAUAACAACAACAACAACAACAACAGCAGAGUGAUGACAAUACCAUCAAUUCAUAUUACGAAUGAACAUGGACAAGAUAGAAGAAUCAGUAUCGAUAUAAAUCAUCAAAAUAAUAAUAAUAAUGAUACACAAACAUCCAUGGAUAAUAACAACAACAACAACAACAACAACAACAAUUCUUCAUAUAAACAACAAAAACAACAACAAAAAGUGGCAGUUGUGAUUAAAAAUGUAUCAUUUUCAUAUACGAAAAAAACAAAUGUUUUAUCCAACAUUAAUUUGGUUGUUCCAAAAGCUCAAAUAUUCGCAUUACUAGGUGCGAGUGGUUGUGGCAAGACAACAUUAUUGAGGAUAAUAUUGGGUCGAUUAAAACCGAAAAAAGGUGAUGUACAAGUAUUCGGUGCACGACCAGGUGGAAUUCAUUCGAAUAUUCCAGGCAGUGGUGUUGGUUUUAUGCCACAAGAAUUGGCAAUGUUUCCAUCAUUCACUAUAGCCGAAACAUUAUACUAUUUUGGUUUAUUACAUCACAUUCCUAAAGAUGAAAUUAUCAAACGGACAGAUUUUAUGAUCGAACUAUUAAAUCUACCGCCUAAAGAUCGUAAAAUUGAACAAUGUAGUGGUGGUCAACAACGUCGUGCAUCGAUUGCAUUAACAUUAUUUCAUUCACCACCAUUAUUAAUAUUGGAUGAACCAACUGUUGGUGUUGAUCCAUUAUUACGACUUAAAAUUUGGCAAUACUUAGAAUAUUUAUGUAUCAAUAAUCGAAUGACCAUCAUAAUUACCACACAUUAUAUUGAAGAAUCACGUAGAGCCAAUAAUUUAGCAUUCAUGCGUUUCGGUAGAAUUUUGGCACAAGAUUCACCAGAUUCAUUAUUACAGAAAUAUAAUACAACCGUAUUGGAAGAUGUUUUCUUACAGCUAUGUCAACAUGAUUGUGGUGAAAUUAAACAAAAACAUUCAUUGAAAAAACAAGAUUCAUCUAAAGAACAGACUGACAUCUAUGAACCUGAAUUGGAACAAAUUCGUUCAAAAUUUUAUAAUUUUACUGUUGAUAAAAUCCGAUUGAAAGCAUUAUUCUUUAAGAAUAUUGUCAAUCUCAAAAGGAAUCCAUUAUUAUUCUUUUUCUUUCUAUUAUUACCUACUAUACAAAUUGUUCUAUUCUGCAUAUCAGUAUAUAAAUCUCCUGAUAAUAUUGAGGUUUCAAUUUUUAAUAAUGAUACAAAACCACUUUCGAAACGAUUUCUGGAUCUAAUUGAUGAACGAUUAUUACGUGUAAACCAUUAUAAUUCAUUAGAUGAAGCAAUACAAACGGUAAUCAAUGGAAAAGCAUGGCUGGCUAUCGAAAUGAGUGAUAGAUUUUCUGCAGCUUAUCGGCGUCGUGCAAAGAAUCCAUCGGAUUUAAGUGAACAAGAUUUUAAUAAUAGUAAAAUCAAAUUAUAUCCCGAUCAAACGGAUAAUUUCAUACACAAUGUUAUUGAUAAUUCAUUGAUGAAUUCAUAUCAGAAAUUUGUUGAAAAUAUUGCCGAAUCAUUUGGAUAUAAUCCUAGUACUGUGAGAAUACCGGUAAUGGUGCAAGAAGUUGUACAUGGAAAAUUAGAUCUAGAAAAUGGUUAUGUACUUUUGGACAAUUUGAUUGCCGGUUCAUUGGUGGCUAUUAUUUAUACAACACCAUUAUUAAUGUCCGGUAUGGUAUUGGUGAUGGAAAGAAAAGAUAAUAUUAUUGAAAGAACAUUUGUCAAUGGUGCUACAUCCAUAGAAGUAUUUUUAACACAUUUGAUUACAUUAAUGUUAAGUCUGAUUAUUCAAGUGAUCAUUUUAUUGUUUGUUGCAAUAAUUGUAUUCGAUGUGUCAGUAUUGGGACCAUUAAGUGAAGUUUAUCUGAUGUUAUAUUUACAAGGUUUAACCGGCAUAUUUAUCGGUCUACUUAUAUCGGCAAUAUCGAAAAAUGAAAUUGUUGCUUUGUUACUAUCACUUGGUAUGGUAUUUCCAUUAUGGAUGAUAAGCGGUGUAUUCUGGCCACUUGAAUCAAUUGAUGCAUGGUUACAGAAAAUAUUCUGGAUGGCACCAUUAUCCUAUCCAAUUCGUUCAACACAUCAUAUGUUUAGACGUGGAUGGACAUUUGCUCAACAUGAAGUUUUUAUGGGAUAUGUCAGUAGUUUUAUUUAUAAUAUUAUUCUACUGGUUACAAACGUCCUCGUCUUUCAUUUUACCUCACAAUAGUAUUUUUAUUUUCAUUUUCAUGAUUUUUUUUUACAUAUUGCAACUUUUUUUACUAUUUCUCGUUGAGCUUACGUUUUUCAAUGUAUUUGAGAAAAACAGAAACGGAAAAAAAUAAAUCAUCAACACCAGAAUUUUUAAUCAUCAUGAACAAAACGAAACAAAACAAAACAAAA